AUGCCUGAGAGCCAGGGGAAAGACGGUGAAAGCUACAGCAGCAGCAACAGUUCCAACACCGGAGAUUCAGUGGCAUCUUUUGGACAGUAUCAAUACACAGCCAACGAGUAUCAAGCUAUCCAGCAUGCUCUGCGYCAGAGGCUGGGCCCAGACUACAUCAGCAGCCGGCAGGCAGGAGGAGGACAAAAGGUCUGUUACAUUGAGGGUCACAAAGUCAUUAGUCUGGCCAAUGAGAUGUUUGGCUUCAAUGGCUGGGCUCAUUCAGUCACUCAGCAGAAUGUUGACUUUGUUGACCUCAACAAUGGCAGGUUUUAYGUGGGUGUCUGUGCUUUUGUGAAAGUUCAGCUGAAGGAUGGGUCAUACCAUGAAGAUGUAGGAUAUGGAGUCAGUGAAGGCCUGAAGUCUAAGGCCUUAUCCUUAGAAAAGGCAAGAAAAGAGGCAGUAACAGAUGGACUGAAGAGGGCACUCAAGUGCUUUGGGAAUGCUCUUGGCAACUGCAUCCUGGACAAGGACUACCUGCGAGCUGUGAACAAGAUUCCCCGCCAGGUACCCUCUGAGUUAGACUUGGUCAACGCUAAAAUACAGGACUAUGAGCCUGAAAUAGAGAAAGCAAGAUACAGCAGCUAUAUGGGAAGGCAGAACACAGCAGGGAGACAGCACUGUGAGGUGGCACCUGGCUGUAAGCCUGGCCAGACAGAAGCUGCUGUAGUGACAGCAGAUCAGAAGCARCCCAAUGCUCCCAGGGACAGAAGCACAGACUCCCUGGCCAUGGAGUGUGAUGCCACUUACCAGAGGAAACUGCGACAGAAGCGGCUGCAGCAGCAGUUCCGGGAGCAGAUGGAGAAAAAGCAGCAGGUYCCAGGAGUUACUCCCAGCAGCAAACAGGCAACAUCCAAUCCUCCUGUAAAGCACAGCACUCCAGCAGAAGUACAACAGGAGCUGGCAGUAGAAGAGGAGUUCUUUGCAGAUGAUCCUGAGCUUUGGGACAUUUCCUUGGAGAGCACUGACCUGAAGGUAACGGGUGCCAAAAUGUCAGAGCCCUCCUCAGCUUGGCACCAGGCACCUGAGACACCCYGUGGCCAUCACCAGAUGAGCACUCGGAACAGGACACCCCACAGGAUGAGCCAGCACAAAGCUUCUGCCAGACUUGCACAACUGCAGCCCUCUACUGCAGCCAUGAACACCAGCUGUGCCAACCAGCACACCCCAGGGUGCAGCCCUCUCAGGAGAAGUCAGAGCUUGAAGAAAAGGAGGCUGGAACCUACAUGAGGCACCCAGUGGGAUCCAUACCUCUGUCAUGGAUUACACCACAAGACUGCAGCUGACUUUUCAAAUUGUGUCACAUGGACUCUCCUGUAUAUUAUGGUGAGGCAACAAAGAAGAGUUUGAUACAAACAACAAGAAUGUCGUGAACUCUUGCAUUAUGUAUUUCAGAUGCCUUUUUCCAUAACCAAGCAAUUAUCUGUGCUUCCGCAGCACAAGACUUGUGGCUGUAUUAGAAGUGGUUAUUACCUGUAAAUUGCCCGAAGCAGUAACAAAAUGAAUUGUUAAAAAUUAGAUUAAAUUCACAGCUUUUCUCUUUCCCUAGUGCUGCAUUUCAGCACAGAGAAAAGAGAUUUUCACAGUGGGAGCAGGUGUGUUCUGUGCCAGAGGACAGACAGUACAAGCUGUGGCCGGUGAGGCUGGGGGGUGGCACUGGUGGUGUCUGAGGUGCAGCCCUGCCUUGGCCCUGGGGCUGCAGGACCAGGGGCAGAACCCCUCGCUCCUCCUGAGGCUGCCCCCGAGGCUGUUCCUCGCUGUCCCCAGCAGCAGCAGCACCUCCAGCCUUUGCCUCAGGGCAGGAGCCGGCUGGGACCGCUGCCAAACAACACACACCACAGCCUGGUGCUUGCACCKAUCCUUUGUAACAUGAAUGGGAGCUGCACUUCUGUUUUUAAAUAAGCUUUCAAACCCUUUCAAUACAGAAAUAAACAAGAAUUUGAAAAACAAACCCCACGGGAAGCUGUUCAUGCCUCUCUGCCAUUCCAACCAAUAUACCUCACUCCUUGUUGAACAACCUCAAAGAACSUAACACAUUCUGAAGCACCACUGCUCCUGCACAGCCUCCUUUGCUUUAAGAUGGACACAGAAUCUCACAGGAGUUCAAAGGUUACAGCAAAACCUGUAACAAUUAGGUCAAAGUAGAAUUUUUUAGCAAUACUGGAAGAAUACUUCCUUAGCCAUUUCAAACGGCUCGGGGUGGGAAAKGGAGGAGUUUUGCUGGGCUGACCUGUUCUGUUCCCGUGCAGUUCAGCUGCAGUUCCGGGCACCACCACGUCAGGGCUCCGGCCAGUGGCCCGUGCUGGCAGCUCUGCUCCUGAGCCAGAGGUGGUGUCACCAUCCCCGGGUAUCCACCGGGGGAGCCUGGUACUGCAGUGCUGGAGGCAAGGAUGAUACCACAUGACUGGAAGUUAAAGCUAGACCCGGAAAAUUUACACAAACUAUGGGUUUAGUCCAACCCUGAAAUCAAUGUUAGGCUUCAAAUGGGACCUUAUUCCAAUGCUUGGCUACCACUGCUCUGUCUAAAUGUAAACACAUCUGGAGCAUUCAGCAUUUAUUCCUCUUCCUCCUAUUUUGCCUUCAUCACUUAAUUAGUCCUUUUUCUUUACAAGAUCUUUUACCAUCCACUUACCUCCUCAACAGGACAAAGAACUGAGUUUGACUUCAGCAUGGAAAGACAGGACAAGCCAUAAUUAAUGGCAAUAGAUUACACCUAGAAAACGGUUUCACAUUUCACUGUACUUGUUUCUGGCCAAUUCACUGCUGCCUUCAGAACAGCUCAGGGAAGAAGCACAUUCCACAUGUUUGAGUCAUGCCUUCGCUGUUGAAACCAUAUACCUACUAGGAAGGGAACGUGCAGACAUUCAGAAUUACUGGAUUCAAAGCUGCUCCAAACUUCUACAAUGAAAAAAAUUUGGAAGUCUGAUACAAAAAGGUAACAGCCUCAACUUCCUUGACUCUGAAAACUGUGCAAAUAUAGCUGUACCUCCUCCAACAGUCACUUGCAAUAAGCCUCUCGGGAUUGGUCCCUUUGAAAAGGGCAGGAAAACUUCUACUUGAAGUUUUUUUUUCCCUUCGAGGCUUGCGCAGCAUGACUCAUAACAGAAGCUGUUCUUAAAAUGGAAAGAAAUGCAGCAGCAAUUAGUGUUUAGAAAUACCAAAUUCCUGCAAGUCUACAGUUGAGAAUGACCCUGUGAAGCUGUUCCACUCUUGACCGUUACAGCUGCAAAUCUGAGGACUCAAUUCCUGUUAUUCAGGUCCUUAAGAAAUUCCUCCUCCCCAGCCCCGCAGGUGGCACAUUCCUGCUCCCAUCCACCCCAGAGCAGAGGGCAGGGGAGCCAACAGAGGAAGAGCAGCCGGGAAGGGCCCYUCAGGACAUC